AUGUUUGGCAAACUCAUCCUUCUCUCGAUUCCAGUUGUUCUUCUUGCGUGCUCAACUCUUCCACCUGGUCAAGAGAGACAAAUCACGAUUCGAGGAGUUGGACUUGCAACAAUCCCUCCUGAGCUUGCUUACUCAACCGUUGCGGCAGUGCAGAACGCUAACCCGACGAUAUCGAAGACUUCGGCUGAUGCUGUUAAAAAUCUCCGACAAUAUGUGAAAAAAGCGGUGACCGCAGUAAUCAGAGAAGAGGCGAAGAAAGCGGGUCUUGAGAAUCUCGUAUCGGACAUAGGAAAACAAAUCAAACCAACUCCGUACUACACGCCUAUAGAUUGUUCAAAAGUUGGAGCCCAAGUCCCUGCAGAUACCGGUGGCUUCUCUUGUGUAUUAGAAAACGGAAUCAUUACGAAAGUAGCGUACAGCGCACAGAAUACUGCUGAGGUUCCGGUAUACUUCCAGCAAUUCACAAUCGUCCUUUCCGUCUCAAACUCUGUCAUCGGUGGAUGGAGCAGAGAUAUGUGGGAUACCGUUGUACUUAAAGCGCAGAGCAAGCUGGCAAGUGGAACGUAUGGGACAAGUUUCAGAUCGGUCACUCUUACGCAGUUAUAG